AUGGAACUCGUCAAACCUAUUACAUCCGAUCAUGAUCUAAUUGAACUUGCCAAGCGUAUUGGGGUUCAUCUCGAUGCUAUCUUUGAGUCAAAUGAGAUCACAAAGCCGCUUCCGAAGAAAGGAUCAUAUCUGGUUCUACUUAGAUCGCCUAAUCUCGAUGUAGGACACUGGCAGGCUGUCCAUGAUGGAGAAUUCUUUGAUUCAAUGGGGGAAGCGGCACCUACGAAGUAUGGCAUCGGGCGAUACAAUCCCACACAAUAUCAAGGCACUUAUGGCGAUUAUUGUGCAAUAAUGUAUCGCGAAUUGACAAUUUCCAGCGAUGUUCCAGCUCCCAAGCUGACUAAAGCCCUCAAGACAGGUAAGCUAAGUCUUACAGCUGAUCAACUCAAGGGUUCAGGCUCUGUUAUCCAUCUCCACCCAGCUUCGUAUGAGAAAGCACUAAAGGCACGCAAGGCGGAUCGUGGGGUUAGACUUGACAUUACCAAGCAUGAGAUCAAGAAAGGCUACAAGAAGCUCCAAGGAGGAUCCAUUUGGAGUAAAAUCAAAUCAGGGUUAUCGACAGCAUUCAAAUUCGUAAAAGAUAGCGGUUUCCUGAGCAAGGGUCUGGAUGCGGCAUCAUUGACAGGAGUUGGAGUAUAUGACUCUGACAGCGAUACCCCGAAAGAAGGUGGUCGUAUUUCGGUAGCGGAUGUUAAGAAGGCGGCGAAAAAUGCUCCCGGGUAUGCUAAACGUAAGGGGAUUCUACCUGAUGCAGUCGAUGCAGGCGAGAAGUUUCUACUAUCAAAAGCAACCAAGCCAGAGCAUGAGAACCUGAUCCAAUCGGUUCGAGGCGAGGUAAAGAGACGCUAUGGUGUAGGAGUCCCUAAGAAACCAGCUAAAGGUUCGCCCGAAAUGAAGGCUAAGAUGGCUGCACUCCGUGCUAAACGUAAGAAAGCAAUGAUUGCUGGCUCUUUUCGAUUAAAUUAG